CAUAUAUCGACCACAGUGGUGAGAGCCUAAAUCUGGCAGAUAAACGUUGUAUUUAGAUUUGUAUUUAUUUAAUUUGGCAGUAUAUAAAAUACAACUAAAAGUACAACGGUUCUAAGCUGAAGAGGAGUAAAUAAAAGCGUUGCCAAGGCAACAAAAAACUAUUGCUUAACCAUAAUUUUUAACAAGUUAGAAAUGAGACCACAGCAAACCAGAGGAAAACAUGCUGAUCAACAGGAGAAAAACAACAACAUGGAGCUCAAGAUUCUCCUGAAAGAUGACGUUUUUGUGGAUUUCUUCAAUACAUUUCUAAGUCUUCCAGUGUUUGGGCAAACCCCUCUCUACAUGCUCAAAGAUAACAAGUGGUUAAUGUGGCCAAAUGUGCCCUUUGCUCAGGUGAACACUGGAGCAUUUCUGAAAUGGUUAGACACACAUCGGAUGGUUUACUUCAAACAAACGGAGCUCUAUCACAAUUUCAUUCUCUGCACAGAGAUCCUUGACUUUGUAUCCUGUAAAUCCACAGAGGAUUUGAAAUGGACUCUGGCAGACCAGUGGCUGUUAAGGAAGUGUCUCGGCAGCGUGAGGGGAAUCCAGAGAUUUCGUUCGUUUCUCAAGACCACUGCUGAGGAGGAGCUUCUUCUGUUCUGUGUGAGAGUGUCCAUGAUGUUGAGUAUGAAAGAAGAAAAAAAUGAAGAUGCGUUUCAGACUUCGAAUCAUCAAGCACUUCAGAAAGCGAUCAGACUCUCUCACCUGAGUGAAGGCUCUGCCAUCCUGUCUGUCUGCCAUAUAAACGCAGAGGACAUGACUGAGCUUCUGGCCAAGGAACACCCACUUAGUGCUCAGAAGCGUGUUUUGGCAGAGAUGAGAAAGAAAGCUCUGUGCCGGCUGCAGUCGUAUUGGCUUCCUCAGUUCAUACACUGCUGUAAAUCCUGGCUGUGGCGUGUGCCUGAAUGUCAGCCCAUUGUAGAGAAAUACACAUCUUUUUCCUCUCCUCCUGCUCCAUCGCCCUCCUCACGUGAGCGUGUCCGGUGCAAGACGAAUCCCACGCUGAGCCCUGCUAAAUCCUACUGCAGUAAACGCAGCAAACGGCUCCUGUGGAGUUCAUGUAAGCCGAACACAGUCCGUUCACAGUCCAACAGCAUCUGCUUGUGGCUUCCUCCAGCCGGCCAGGAGGAUCUAAAGUGUUCAAACAUAGCACAUCCUCCUCAAAGUAAUACAGAAACCUCUGUCCAAGCUAUUGUCCAUCACACAUGCGCCCAAACCCCAGCAUGUCAGAUCCCCUGCCGUGUGAACGUUCAUACUCCACCAUCAGAUGUCCACUGCUAUCUGCAGCCGGCCCUGUCUGCCGAGGCUCUGGCUGCAGGUCCUUUUAGGUCUUAUCUGAGAGCCCAAGACCUGGUGGAAAAGCAGCAGAUGCUGGAUCUCUUGGAGGAUCUGGACUUUUUCCUCCAGCUGGUUCUGAAAGCACAAGGAGAAGAUCCAGCCUGCGCACAGAGACAGACCGCGGCCAAGCGGAUAAUAGAGAAGUACCUGAAAGAGAACAUGCCGUGCUGUGAACGACUGGAUUCAAACACCAGCCACCAUCUGCGUUCUCUUUUACCCAGCAGUGCGGCUGUCCCAUGGAUUUACAGGGCUAAAUAUGAAAUAUGCAAGGAACUACAAGAUGUUUAUGACUCAUUUUUAGAUGCAGAGGAUAAAGCUCUAGUGUCUCACCUGUGCUCUCGCAGUGAGAAGAUUGAAGAAGAGCUGCUGUUCUGUGGUUUCGAGACAGAAACAGAAGCUCACUUCACUCAGACGGAGGCGUUAGUGUUGUGUGGAGGAUGCUGCAGUCGUCUCGACCCCGACGCUCUGUCUCAGGACAGCUGGGCUUUAGUGGCCCUGCAAGACCUGCAGAGAGGAGGAUCGCUGCUGCACAAGUACAACACAGAUGCAUCCGAGGAGCCGUCGACCACAACAGAGAGUGAUAUUACAACACCCCUCACUCAAGAUGUGCCCGAAUCUAAAGCAAAGUGUUCUAAUAAUCUCCGGAUGAAAACUCUCAAAAAGGACAGCAUUAUUUUUGAAAAGCCAUCUACAAAACCCAG